AUGCCUCUACAAUCUCGGGAGGUUGUCACUCUCAGUUUGAUUUUGGACUGCGAUGAAGAGGAGGAUGAGCAUAUUGCCACAGAAGAAUCUCAACGCAGCCCUCCCCUCCUACGUCUGCCCGUCGAGCUCCGUCUCAAGGUCCUCCGCUACCUCUUACGCUUUGACCGGAACCGCAAGACUUACACUCGCCGGCCGCCUUCAACCAGUGCUUCGGAACUGCUCUAUUUGAAUCCGAGACGCAUACUCGAGGCGGCUCCAUUCAGGCAUAAAGGGAAUCAAGAUAUCAACGGCUCUCCACCCGUCAUAAACACUUGUCAUCUGGACCUGGCGAUAUUGAAGACCUGCAAAUCGCUAUAUUGGGAAGCAAAAACAGUUCUCUACAUCGAAAACAAAGUGGUGGGCUUCCAGUCUGGAAUCAAAGGACUCGGUGCCAAAUUCCAAAACUAUGGCUUGCCGGUAUGGGGUCCUUUCCCGGCGUCGAGGUUGAUCACGUCACAAUCUGAAGGAUCAGAAUCCGACAUGUCAAAAUUCGACCCGGUCAUGCUGUUCAGUGGUCAAAAUACCAAACCGGAUACCCCAUUUUACCUUUGCAGUUAUGCAGACACUGCAGAUUUCGUUCAUGCCCUCUGGAUUAUGAUUGAAAGCCCUUUCGCGCGUGGCAUGCGAUACAACCUGACUCUUCCGGCGGAGCCGCGAUACCGCCAUGUCAAUCGGACCGACAGUUUCGUCAAGUGCGCAGUCUUGCCCUGGCUACACAGUCACGUCAAGUCGAUCGAUUUCCACUAUCCGGGCCGUGCCACCACCUCAAACGACACCGCCCAGAUUACAUCACCGUCUGCUGAGAAGCGGUUGGAUUCGAUUCGAAAUGAGUUCAUCAACCACCGGAAUAAAGCCAAAUACGAACCCAACGUUCAUACCUACAAUUCGAUUUGCACCUAUCUUGAGCAGCUGAUGCUCCAAGCCGAUGUCUGCAUCGAGAAAGGCGACUUUUUCAGUGCCGAGCGUCUCUAUGAACGCGUCUGCUAUGAAUCCUCCAGUAUCGUGCGCACGAGAACUAGCAAAUUAGUGGAUGUUUCGUCUAAAUCCAAGGAAGGCAUCAAUCGUGUUUGCAAGCUGAUCGCUCUGAGUGCCUACAGACUCUGCGAGCUUCGAAGUGGGUCAUUAGCACUUCUCCUUUCGAAAACUAUUGAAGAAAUGUUCGCAAAGGGAAAGAAGAAGGCAUCUUGCGAAGCGAAAAGGGCUGAAAAUUGCAGUCCCGAUCAGGCCUCCGCCGAUGAACGAAGUGAACCUGUGGAAGCUUCUUCGUCGGCGACGGCGAAUGAACAUCUAAAUGUUGAGCACAUCGAGCAGAAUACCACGCAGUCUGGUGACGAGAUGGCGGUGUCUCCGGGUGAGAGAAAUGCAGCCAAAGCGGUUAUGCUACGUCCAGCGUCAGCAAGCUAUACUCCACGGACCACUCGCCUAGAACCCAGUCUCGCUCAGGAACUAGCCAUUACAAGUGGCCUUCUCGCACUACGACUUCCUUGUGCUUGUCCAGUGUCAGAGUGGUAUGCCCGACUCAACAUCAUGCUGCUUCGACUUUUUGCUGAGCGCAAUGAUGUCACGUACGCAGUUUCGUGUAUUCGGCAGAUACAAAACUAUUGCAACAUCGUCUUGAAAGAUGCGAAAACAAAGAAUCAAAAAGAUCCGAAGUGGCAAGCAUUGGAGUCCUUGGUCACUGAUUUGACGUACCAGUUGAAACCAGGAGCUCCGAGGAGGUGUUUUUUGGAGACUGCCGACAGAUGUCAAGAGGUUAUUAAAUCUUUAUGGGGCCCACGUUUGAACGUGCAAAAGGAUUACGUUGGAUUGAUCUGGACUUUCCGGUGGGCAACAUAA